GGACUUUAAAUCGAGGCCAGUGUAGACUGACUCAGAGGGAAAACAUUGAAUGAUUCAAGCGAAAACCUGCGCAAGAUUCAAUAUUUCUUAUCGAGCAACAAGCAAAAAGCCUUAAACAUCAACGCCAUGAUGUCCAUCAUGAAUGAAGCACAAUUGAGAAGGCUAGCCCAGCACAAAUACAGCGCGCAAAGCACCGAGAUUUUGGACCCAAUUUUUCAAGUUUAUUGGCGCUGGUUGGUGCAACAAGUUCCCCUUUGGUUGGCACCGAACACUAUCACUUUUCUUGGCCUAUUUAUAAACGCUGCUACAUCUCUGAUUCUAUUUGUCUACUGCCCACAAGCCAAAGGAUCCGCUCCAGGAUGGGCAUUUAUUCUUUGUGGAGUUGGCCUCUUUGUGUACCAAUCACUUGAUGCAAUAGAUGGCAAGCAAGCUCGACGCACCAACAGUAACUCCCCCCUAGGGGAGCUAGUCGACCAUGGUUGUGACGCAGUGUCUAUGGUCUUAGUGACAUUAGCAUUCUCAGUGGCUAUUGAGCUUGGCAACGAACCUAUCUGGAUGUUCUUCGUAUGUUUUUCUGCAUCGGUCCUGUUUUAUUGUUCUCACUGGCAAGCAUAUGUUUCUGGUACAAUCAAAUUUGGAUGGAUUGAUGUAACGGAAUUACAGCUCUUUGCAAUGGCAGCAUUCAUAGCGACAGGAAUCUUUGGCACAGAAAUGUGGAUGAUGAAGGUUCCUUUUUUUAAUAUCACAUUCAAGCAGGGCACCAUGAUAAUCGCAGUUUUAGGUACACUCUACACUCUCUGCUCAAUAUUUAGUCAAAUUUAUCAAGGAGGCAUGGGCAAGAACGGCUCUACUAUAGCGGGGACAAGUGUUGUGUCGCCAUUAUUUCCAAUCACAAUUGUGUUGUAUAUGGCCUACACAACAGCAAAAACCUCUCGUUCUUCACUGUUUUUGCGUUACCCUUGCUUAUUUGUGAUGGCAUAUGGCCUGAUGUGUGCAAAAGUCACUAUUAAACUUGUGGUCGCUUGUAUGAGUAAAAGCCCCUUGGAAGUCAAGGACGCCACUAUGCUUGGUGGAGUUAUCAUGCUUCUCAAUACUCACUAUGGAUCCCACAUCGACGAAUACCUCAUGCUUUGUUUGUUACUACUGUACGUGGUUUUCGACCUGUGUCGCUACUGCGUCAUCCUGUGCAACCAGAUCUGUGACUUCCUCAACAUCCGAGUCUUUAGCAUCAAGCCAGUGGAAAGAGCAGAGGGGAAGUCCCAAUAGCCAGAGGUGAACGGACGAAGUCUGCCGGCAUAAUGUAAAUAGAAUAACACCGACCGUAUCACUUAUAAAGUCUUUUUGAAAUCAAAUUACUAAAAUAUUAUCAAAUGCUGAAGAAUCCCUGCUUAGUGUUUUGGCCGAUUUUUAGGCAACUGUAAGAAUUGUUUUUAGAUAAUUUGUUCCCAUAGUCUGGUAGUAGGUCUUACUGUAUUGUUACCAGUUCUACAUUAUGAAUCCGAAGUGUGUUCUAGUGCAGAUCCAGAACUUCAAUAAGAGACAUCUUCAAAUAAGCACACUAACUAACCCUAGCGUAUUCUUUAACGUUUUUCGCCCAACAUUGACUUCCAACCCUGUUUCAUUGGAAACAGUCCAACGUCGUCCAACAGUGUUGUGAUGCUAUGUGUUUUCCUCUUAGUGUUCAAGCAGCCAUCCUAACACGAUGCAGCCUCACAUCUUUAUUGUAACUUUUUUUUACACGAGGUUUUACUUUUUUCUAUUGAAUAGUAAAUUACCUUGUGUUUACCAUGCUAAACAGAAGCCCCGAUAUUCUUUUAAGCUGUCAGUAAAUGAUUGUCAUAAAACUAGCCUGACACCCAUACUGUCCUAGGACGGGUCCCUUUAUCGAUUCCAUGUACAAAUCUUCAGAGCUUCAGAGAUUUUAUUUUAAUACAUUGGACUUCGUUUUACAUCUGUUUAAACUAUUUUUGUUUGUCGCUGUUAACUAUUGGAACUUGCGUUUUAUUUUUUUAUCUUUACAUCAGGCAUGUAGGUAAUCAAUGUAGAUGUUACUAAGAUGGACGAUUGUCUACGUUGACAUAUUAUAGUCUAACGUAUCAGUUGUUAACCAAGGUAUCUAUGAGUGAUCCAAUAGUCAUUGUGUUACAGUUAGUCAUAAUUAUAUUCCUUUUAUUGCCGAAAAUAAACUACUUAAAUUAUUUA